AUGACGCGAGAUACUUAUCUCAAGCGCUCUGUCGGAACUCUCGCCAGGCGCAUUAAAGAGUCGCGUGUGCUGCUCGUGGGCGCUGGCGGCAUCGGCUGCGAGCUGCUCAAGAACCUCCUCCUGUCCGGGUUUGGCGAAAUCCACAUCAUCGAUCUCGAUACAAUCGACCUGAGCAAUUUGAAUCGCCAGUUUCUCUUCCGCUUCGAACACAUCAAGAAGCCCAAGGCACUGGUCGCGAAGGAAGUGGCACACAAGUUUCAGCCGCGCGCGAAGCUGGAAGCGUACCAUGCCAACAUUAAGGACAGCCAGUUCAAUGUUGACUGGUUUGGAAGCUUUGAUGUGGUGUUUAAUGCUCUGGAUAACCUCGAUGCACGGCGCUAUGUGAACCGGAUGUGUCUGGCGGCUGAUGUGCCCCUGAUUGAGAGCGGAACUACGGGAUUCAAUGGUCAGGUGCAGGUCAUCAAGAAGGGCCAAACUGAAUGUUACGAUUGUAAUUCCAAGGAAGUUCCGAAGUCGUUCCCCGUCUGUACCAUCCGGAGUACACCUAGCCAACCGAUUCACUGCAUCGUUUGGGCGAAAAGCUACCUUUUUCCUGAACUCUUCGGAAGGAGCGAGGAUGAGACAGAGGAGCUUGACAGUUCCGAAGAUGCUGAGAACGCGGAGGAAAUUGCGAACUUGCGCAGAGAAGCACAGGCCUUGAAGGAGAUUCGUCAGUCCAUGGGUUCUGAUGAAUUUCCUCGCAAGGUAUUUGAGAAGGUGUUCAAGGAGGAUAUUGAAAGGUUGAGAGGGAUGGAGGAUAUGUGGAAGACUCGCAAGCCACCAGAGUCCCUUGAUUUCGACAAGCUGGAGGCGGAGUCUUCAUCGAUCGAAGCUAUCAUUUCUAACAAUGACCAGAAAGUGUGGUCGUUGGCGGAAGACUUCGUCGUUUUCAAAGACAGCUUGGAUCGCUUGAGCAAGAGACUGAAGUCGCUUCAGGAGACAGCCGUGGGCGACAGUAAUCCCAUUCUAGACUUUGAUAAGGACGACGUUGAUACCUUGGACUUUGUUGCGGCUACUGCCAACCUGCGAGCUGCGAUUUUUGGAAUCGACCCUAAGUCCAAGUUCGACACAAAGCAAAUGGCCGGUAACAUUAUUCCUGCUAUCGCCACUACCAACGCUAUGACUGCCGGUCUUUGCGUUCUACAGGCUAUGAAGGUUUUGAAAGAUGACUAUGCUAAUGCUAAAAUGGUCUUCCUGGAACGCUCCGGUGCUCGUGCCAUCAAUUCUGAUUCACUGAAGCCACCCAACCCCAACUGCCCAGUGUGCUCGGUCGCAAUGGGACGCAUCACAAUGGAUCCCAAACGCGCCACGCUCAGCAACUUGGUUGAAGAUGUGCUCCGCUCCCAACUCGGGUACGGCGAGGAAUUUUCUAUCAGCAAUGAACUGGGCACUAUCUAUGAUCCUGAUUUGGAAGACAACCUACCGAAGAAAUUGCUGGACCUGGGUGUAAAAGACGAAAGUUUCUUGACUGUCGUUGAUGAAGAUGAUGAACCGCGCGUGAAUCUCGAGUUGAUCGUGAAGGCUCCGGAAGAGUCUCCGCUGUCGAACGAAGAGAAACCAAUCUCUCUGGAGAAAGCAGUCGACAUCCCCCGCAAGCCUAAAGCCCCAACGCCAGCACCUCCUACCUUCCCCGAAACCGUCAGCGACACCACCGGCGUGAAGCGCAAGCUUGAGGAGACAGAAAUCGGCCAAGAAGAUUUACAUGUCAAACGGAUUCAUACGAACAAUGCCGCUAAUGGAGACGACGGCACUCAGCCUAUCGUCUUGGAUGAGGCGGAUGGUGGUGCUAUCUUGAUUGAUGAUUGA